AUGGAUAAACAUGAACCUGAAACAGUUAGAAGCACUAGCAGUUAUGUCAACAAUGGCAACAUCAAUGAUCAUGAAGGCGACAUGAUUAGGUGGUUCGAGGAAGUGUCCGCCAAGGCCGGUGCUGUCCAAACGGAGGUGCUAUGCCGGAUCCUGAAAGAGAAUUUCAAGGUGGAAUAUCUGAACAAAUGGUUAUUAGUAGGGAAGGAAGAGAUUAAUGUGGCAGAGAUGGAUGCAUGUGCUUUGGAAUCUCUUUUCACUUCUGUGGUUCCUCUUUCCUCUCAUGAGGAUUUUGAACCAUUUAUUCAAAGGAUUGCAGAUGGGGACACUGCCUCUAUACUCACUCAGCAACCCAUAACCACUCUUUCCCUAAGUUCCGGAACCACAGAAGGAAGGCAGAAAUUUGUUCCAUUCACGAGGCACAGUGCACAAACAACCCUUGAAACUUUCACUUUAUCUGCAGCAUAUAGGUCAAGGGUUUAUCCAAUAAGGGAAGGAGGUAAGAUUCUUGAAUUCAUAUACAGCGGCAACCAAUUCAAAACAAAAGGAGGGUUAAUUGCAGGAACCGCCACAACACACUACUAUGCAAGUGAGGAGUUCAGGAUCAAACAGGAGAGAACUAAGUCAUUCACUUGCAGCCCCUAUGAGGUUAUCUCCGCCGGUGACUACAAGCAAUCCACCUACUGCCACCUCCUCCUCGGCCUCUUCUUCUCUCAUGAUGUCGAAUUCAUCACCUCUGCCUUCGUCUAUGGCAUCGUCCAAGCCUUUCGCAGCUUCGAAGAGCUCUGGAGAGACUUGUGCAAUGACAUUAGACACGGCACCUUAAGUUCUAGAAUAAAGGUACCAAAAAUGAGAGAGGCGGUGUUGGAAAUCAUAACAGCAAACCAAAGUUUGGCAUCAAGAAUAGAAGGGAUAUGCGAGGAGGUAGAAGUGAUGGAUUGGUUUGGUUUGAUUCCGAAGCUAUGGCCAAAUGCAAAGUACGUGUAUUCCAUAAUGACAGGUUCAAUGCAACCAUAUUUGAAGAGGCUAAGGCACUAUGCAAAUGGGUUACCAUUGGUGAGUGGUGACUAUGGUUCAAGUGAGAGCUGGAUUGGGGUUAAUGUGGAUCCAAGUUCACCACCAGAGAGUGUCACAUUUGCUGUGGUUCCAACUUUCUCUUACUUUGAGUUCAUACCACUUUACAGACACAAACAUAGUUGCGGUUCCUCUCAUGAUGCUGCUGCUGCUGAUGAUUUCGUUGAAGACAAGCCAAUCCCACUAUCUAAGGUUAAAGUUGGACAAGAGUACGAAAUUGCACUCACCACUUUCACUGGACUGUACAGGUGCAGAUUGGGAGAUGUAGUAGAAGUAGGUGGAUUUCACAAUGGGACCCCAAAACUUAACUUCAUAUGCAGAAGGAAACUGAUCCUAACAGUCAACAUAGACAAGAACACAGAGAAGGACCUCCAAGCAGUGGUCGAGAAAGCCUCUCACAUCCUCCAUUCACAAACAAACAACAACGCCGAGCUUGUUGACUUCACAAGCUACGCCGAACUAACAACCCAACCCGGCUGCUACGUCAUUUUCUGGGAGAUCAAAGGAGACGCACACGAUCAUGUGCUUCAAUCUUGUUCCACUGAAAUGGACGCUGCUUUUGUUGACUAUGGCUACGUGGUUUCCAGGAAAACAAGCUCCAUAGGGCCAUUGGAGCUUUGCAUUGUGGAGAAGGGUACGUUUAAGAAGAUUCUGGAUUGUUUUGUUGCAAAUGGUGCCACUUUGGGACAGUUCAAGACUCCUAGGUGCACCAAUAACCCUCUCUUGCUCAACAUUCUUCAUGCAUGCACCCUUAAGAUCUUUCGCAGCACUGCUUAUGCUUAA